UGGCGGACGCAUUUAGCUGUUGCACACCGCGGAAAUACACAUUGCAGCAUGGCUUCUCAGUGCAUGAAGUUUGCCACUGAGCGAUUUUACCACCAGUUAAGGAAAAUAUCAGAACAUUUUCUCUGUGUUGGGGUUUCUACAAGGUAAAUUUACUCCGGGACACAUUUUAUUUCGGUGAGACAACAUUGACUGUUACUUUUUAAACGUUACCUGGUUAGUAAGUGACGGAGCUCUGAUGAACCAACGUGGCUGAGGACGGUGAAGACUGAACAUACUUUAUUAAAUGAGAGGAAAUAUUUAAAGGAAAGCAGUGACCACAAUGUCUAAGACGAAGGCGAAAAAUGGAAACGUUCAGCCCACAAAUAAAGAGAAAAACAACACCGUUAAAAAGAAAAAGAAGUACUGGAUAAAACAGAAGAUGAAAAUGCCUCCAAACAAGAGCAAAGAAAAAGCUGAAGCUCAGCAAACUGUUCCUCCACGGGAUGGCCAGCACUUCUCUGCCAACUGGAAAAUAUUACAAGAGAUGUUAAAGGCCAGUCAGCCGGAGAAGAAGCAGCAGCCUGUGACACCGAAACAUCAGAACGGUGUCCUGCCAAGAAAACCUACAGAAACAUCUUCUAAAAAUAUUUCCAAGUAUACUGCUGGCCCCAGCCAAACAGACGGCGGGAAAAAAGUGAAGCACAAAACUGUCUCCAACAGCGUCGGUGUCCCCAAGGAGACUCAGGUGAAUGUGAAGGAGCCAGCUGCCUCUGAGACGAAGCAGCCUGCUGCUCCGAAGAGGAAAGGAGACAGCGGAAAGUCAAACAGCAAGCAAGCAGCCAAGAAACAGAAGUCUGAGGUCGAAGAGAAGAAGGCUACAGAAGACGACCUCUGGUUUGAUGAUGUGGACCCCGAUGACAUUGAGGCAACGGUGGGAGCAGAAGCAGCAGAGAUCAUGAGGAAGAAGCAGGGCAUACACAAACCCAAGGACACAGAGAGCGCCCUGGUCAAGGAGAAGGCGUUCGAGGGCCUCACCAAAAUUGUGGCGAUUGAUUGUGAGAUGGUGGGAGUCGGUCCGUCCGGAGAGGACAGCAUCUUAGCUCGCGUGUCCCUCGUGAACCAGUUUGGGAAAUGCAUCUAUGACAAAUACGUGAAGCCAACAGAGAAGGUGACGGACUACAGGACAGCUGUCAGUGGAAUCCGACCAAAGGACAUCAAAGAUGGAGAGAAUGUAAAGACAGUGCAGAAGGAAGUGGCUGACAUCUUGCAAGGGAGGAUAGUGGUUGGACACGCCAUACACAACGACUUAAAGAUUCUGCUUUUGGAUCAUCAAAAGAAAAUCAGAGACACUCAGAAGUAUAAACCCUUUAGGAAGAUUGUAAAGAGUGGUCGACCCUCGUUAAAGGUCCUCUGUAGAGAAAUCCUCCAUGUGAAAGUCCAACAGGGUGAACAUUCAUCUGUCCAAGACGCGCAGGCCACCAUGAGGCUGUACACACUGGUGAAGAAACAGUGGGAGGCAGAGAUUAAAGCCAAUCAGAAAAACAAGGGCGAGAAGAAGAAAAGAAAGCCUAGGUUGGCAAGGAACAAGAAUCUCAAGAGAUUAUGAAUUUGAAACCAAUAUGCAAGACAACAGCUCAUCUCCUGGUCAGAGCAGAUCUGACUGAAGCCAGCAGAGGUUUGGGUUUGAUUUCAAGAGAUGAAGAAAUCACAGGAGUUUUUUUUUAUUUUUAUUUUUUUAAAUAAACAGAUGCUGAACACUUACGACAGUCUAAAAGCAUGACUCUUGUCUAUCACAGCAGCCCCUCAAAGCGAGCAAAAACAAACUAUUAAGAAUCUCACUGAAAAUGACAGAUGUCCUUAGAAAUGUUUUUGAAAUGUGUCUCAGCAGGUGGCGACUGAUUUCGUCAGAGUUCUCAGAGAGGUCGAGCCCAGUUGUGAAACACUUGUUAGCUGAUCAGCCAGGAGUUACGCAAAGCAAAGAUGUUCAUUCUGAGACAUAUUGGACUUUCUCACAGAAAUUAAACCAUCUGAGAGUUUACUAAGUCUUUAUUCACGCUCAUUUUUCUCCAAACUCAUUUCCUCCUAAAGAUGUUCCAGACAUUACGCCCUAAUCUGAUAUUCCCAGCAGUCGGAGGCAGGUGUUCAAAUCACAACAGCUUCCUCUGCGGUGCGAUCUUCAGAGUCAUUUUCCCACGACCACAAACUGCAGUUUUGACCUAUUGUUCGUCAAUAUUUUAUAAAUUGUCAGAUUAGAGCUUUGACCUCUCAUGGUUUGUAAGAAUUCAUGGUUGCUUAAGAAGUUGGAUGUUUAAAGAAGUUUGAAUUAAACGAGGGAAACGCUUUUAAACAUCUGUAGCUGAAUGUGUUGCUUAGAAUCACUUAAAUCAAUGCCAGAGGUAAACAUUUCCAGGUUCAUUAUUGCCUAAUUUCUUUAAAAACACACACAAGGUUGGCUGUUUAUUCACAGAAUAUGCAAAAUGUUGCUGGUUUGAUUCUAUCAAAACUGUCUCUUGCGGCUUGUAAUCACAUGUUGUUCUUUUUACGUCAUGGAUGCCCAGAAUUUGUUCAACUCAGCUGGAUCUUGGUGCCACGUCUGGUACGCAGUUGCUCUUGACCACACGAGGUGAUAUCGAUUCAUUUAGCAUCAUUUUUAAGCAUUUGCAGAGUGAACUGGUCAUUUUGAAUUUCCUACAGUGACUUGCCUUUGCUGUUUGGAGCUUCUCCUAGUUUCCUCUCAGUGUGUUUCUUCUGCUGCAGUCCCACUGAUGGAAUGAGGGAUUCAGACUCCUCACGGUAUGUCGGCGUGAUUUGCUGCCCGUGUUGUGUAGCAGAAAUGAAACUCGCACCUUUCGUCGGAAGACUCUUGGCUCUAAAUGACACUCUUAAGUUAUGGAGCUCAGCCCGACUCCAGGGGCCUUAGACGGAUGAAAACCUUCUAUCUUUCUUUGACAAACACGAGAAGAGAUAUUAGGCGGACGGUGAGCUCUGUUUGCUACAAAUACUGUGUGUUUUAUGGUUGCUUUUAGUCUCAAAAGCAAACACAUCCUGCCCAGCAUGUUCGGAUAUACUUUUAAUAUGAUUCUUAAAGCAUCUUGGGGAAAAUUUGCCAGAUAGUUGUAUUAUUUUAGCCACUCGCUCACUGCAAUCCAGGUCUGAAAUAUUAAGUGAUAUAAUUGUUUUUUCUUGUUUGUUGUGGUAAUAAAAGUGAGAAUUGUCGGCUCCCUGUGCGCCAGCAGUACGUCAGUGUGAUUUGCUGCUCAGGGGCUGAUCCACUCUGUGCCUUACAUUGUUGAAAUGAAGCCAGUGCCCUUGGUCUGCAGCCUCCGGGCUUUAAAUUAGACUCCAACUGGAGCUCAGACAGAUUCUGUGAAGGCCUGUGGCAGAGCAGAAGAUCCUGGUUUAAGUUUGAAUGCAGCCUCAUUUACUGACACAAGACAGAAACGAGACUUUAUUUUCCGAAUACCUGUGAGCUUUUUGGUCCAGCUUGUAUUCCUGUAGUGCAUUAGAUACACAGUAAAUAUACAGCAGCCAUGAAUUCUCUGUUGGUUUGUAGUUUCUGGUGGGCUCUAGAUGUUUCAGAAUAUGUAGUGAGGAAAUUGAAGAGGUGAUCCACAUUAGAAAUGGAAGCAGCUGCGUUUACAGAAAAAAACAAGUGUGAUUGUUUGGUUGCGUGGCUUCAUUUGUCUUUUUCGUGGAGCUUCCUUUUUAUCUUGGGUGAAAUAAUUUGACCAAACAAGGAUCUGCUGAGCUGAGAGGGUCUAGAGUCCUUUAACUACGAUAAAUAAUGUAGACAUUUACCCUCGGAUGGCUUCACACGAGAUUCAUUCAUCAUAAUAAUCCCGUCCGGAUUCAUGGCAAGAACAUGGACAUUUAUUUUCAUUUAAUCAUAGGAUAUAGUUGAUACAGUUGUAGUACGAUGCUUUGGAAUCAGUAGUAUUUUGCUGUUUGGGUCAGUUUUUGUAAGACUUUUACACUGAUUAGAGACAGAAUAACUUGCCAGUACAGAAAAACACAAACCUUACGUUGGGCAAAAUCUUAACUGGGCCAUUUGUUGUUGUUGUUUUUACAGGUUUUUAAUAAGCAUAGUGAGCAUUUCUCGGGACUCGGUUUGCAUACACUGAUCAGCCAUGACAUUAUAACCACCUAAAAAUGCAGUUUAAAACAUUGCAAUGUUCUACUGGCCUUGGAUCCCAGAGUAUAAAUGCAGAAAUAAUAACAAACAUGCAGAUUAAUGCAACCAACAAAAAAAGAGACAAGACCACAUCUUUUCAUUUGAUUUUUUUUUUUAUUCAAACGAAUUUUAAAAAGCCUCAUAUUCCAAGUUUCAUGCUUAUGUUACCAUUGCAAGACUAAUGUGUUGUGACACAUAACUUGUACAUUACAAAGCCUGUCCAACAUUUCAUGUUUUGCUUAAAUCAGCCUUAACAUUACCACCACGUUUAGUGCCAUACUGAAUGAUUUUCAAACUUGGUAGGGUUGCAUGCGAGUCUUGGAAUCAUUUUUGUCAAAGUUAUGAAGUUUGUCUGAGCCCACACUGUCUGUAUAAAACUAUGGUCUCUGUGAAGCUCCAGUAAAAGGACUGUAAAGAUUUUA